AUUUGGGGGCGUUUUUGUUUUUUAGCCUAGCACGGAGCGGGGUUUUCCUUCGAUGUAAACUGUCUUUUAACCAGUCAUGAGUUGGAGGCAGCAGUACCCUUGAAUUGUCACUGUUGUCCGAGGGCUAGUAUGUAUAUGAAGUGACUCUGUAGCUUUUUUUUCUGCAUUCGCAUUUGCAAUAUGAAGAAUGGAAGAAGACGAUGUGACUAUCAGAGAGCAGAAUUUCCACAGCCAAGUCCGAGAGUACAUCAUUUGCUUCCUCCUGUUCGCGGUGCUCUACAUUGUGUCCUACUGCAUCAUAACUCGAUACAAGAGAAAGAGUGAUGACCAUGAAGAUGAAGAUGCUAUCGUCAACAGAAUAUCAUUGUACUUGUGCACCUUCACCCUGGCAAUGUCGGGGGGUGCCGUCUUCCUCCUGCCUUUCUCAAUCAUUAGUAAUGAGAUCCUCCUCUCCUUCCCCAAAAACUAUUACAUUCAGUGGCUCAAUGGCUCCCUCAUUCACGGUCUGUGGAACCUUGUGUCACUGUUCUCCAACCUUUGCCUCUUUGUCCUGAUGCCCUUUGCUUAUUUCUUCUUGGAGUCUGAGGGGUUUGCAGGAUCAAAAAAGGGCAUUAGGGCUCGUAUUCUAGAGACCUUUGUGAUGCUCUUCCUGCUGGCUCUUCUCAUUCUGGGCAUUGUGUGGGUGGCAUCCGCCCUCAUUGACAAUGAUGCAGCCAGUAUGGAGUCCCUCUACGACCUUUGGGAAUUCUACCUACCAUACCUCUACUCCUGCAUAUCUCUGAUGGGAGGACUGCUUUUAUUAAUGUGCACUCCUGUGGGAUUGUCUCGAAUGUUCACUGUCAUGGGCCAGUUACUAGUGAAGCCAACAAUCCUGGAGGACCUGGAUGAGCAGAUUUACUGCAUCCAUUUGCAAGAGGAAGCCCUUCAGAGGAGAUUAAACGGAUCAACCUCACAUGUGUAUACUCGUGGAAGCUUUGCUCACCAGCUCAACAAAGAAUUGGACAAUAUUAGAAAUCAGAGAAACAAAUUGGAGAGAAGAAAAAAAGCAUCAGGUUGGGAGAAGAACUUGUUGUAUCCCAUAGUGAUGCUGAGCCUGCUUGCAGGAACGACAAUCUCAGUUCUUUUGGUGGCACUGAAUAUCCUCUACCUUCUAGUGGAUGAGACUGCCAUGCCCAAGGGAUCCACAGACCGAGGCAUUGGGAACACCUCUCUGUCCACAUUUGGCGUGGCUCAGGCAGUGCUGGAGAUCAUCCUCAUGUUCUACUUGAUGGUGUCUUCUGUCGUUGGCUUCUACAGCCUGCGCGUCUUUGAGGGACUCACUCCCAGAAAGGAUGACACAACCAUGACAACGAUUAUUGGUUGCUGUGUGUCCAUCUUGGUUUUGAGUUCAGCCCUGCCAGUGAUGUCUAGAACGCUAGGUAUCACCAGGUUUGACCUCUUGGGAGAUUUUGGAAGAUUUAAUUGGCUGGGAAACUUCUACAUUGUCCUUUCAUACAACAUGCUGUUUGCAGUCGUGACAACACUCUGUCUUGUGAGAAAAUUCACCUCAGCAGUUCGGGAAGAGCUCCUGAAGGCCUUAGGUCUGGAUAAAUUGCAACUGUCAAACAGCCCUACAGACCCUGAAUCUGGGAAGCUCUCGGCCAACGGGCAUCAGAAAACUCUGUGAAAGGGACGAUAGAUCAACACACAACAUACGCGCACACACACACACACACAUACAUACAUACACACCUUAGCACAGCCAAAGGGAGAUUUCGACAGUACUGCCUGACUGCUGAAAGGUGAAAGGGAUUGGAAGGAACUUAAUAAACCCAGGCAGUGUCUGACGGAUGCUGCAAAUGGAGGCUGAGAGCAAUUUAGCUUCGUGACAUUCCAUCCUCUGCGUCUCGAAUGGAAGCUGGGACAGAGCCAGGGAUGAGACUGAGGAGUGAAAUAGACUGGCAUCACUGCAGUGACCUUGAUGUUGACCUCAACAGUGACUGUGACUUUAAACUAACCCAUCUCUUGCUUCAGGGGCACUCUUCCCCCAGCAUCGCUUCCUGUUACUCUUGUACAACCUCCUCACUGCUGCACUAGACAAAAGCAAGAGGGUGAAAGCAGGUUAAACAAUUCUGUAGUGGAGUUUUUUUUCUGUUUUUAAGUCUUACAUCCCACUAAAAGGCAAUGGUUUUACGCCUGCUUAUCCUCAGUAUUUAGCAUAGUCAACAAACCCCCUACGAUUCAUAGGUACGAUUCAUAUGAUUGUAUGUAUGUCUGCAGUAAUCGGUGUCAGUGAUAGGUGGAGCACUUGCAGUUUACGGUCUAUAAUCGUUAGGUGGACUGAUUGAGGCAUAAUAAAAAGGUGUCAGUUUGUCAUUUUUUGAUUUUAAAAUGUGAAAAUAACAGUAUGUGUUUUCUAAAGCAUGAAAUACAUCAAUUAUUCACACCCAGUACAUAUAACUGCACAGCAUCAAUACAAUUCACAUUUAUGCAUCGGCAUUCUUACUGAUAGGCCUCAGAUUUUAACACUCCUGUCAUGUCAUUGUCUUUUUAUUUGGCUUUACUCAAGUGCGCUUUAACUUUAUUGAUGAUGUCAUUAGUUUGUAUGAAGUAGGGUAAGAACUUUUUUUAGGUGCUCUAGAUUAGACUUGAGCUACUCUACAAAUGGGAUACUACAGUAAAUGGAAGUUAUAUCCAUUUCAUUUCCAGUGAGUGAAAUACUUUUGUGCAUUUGGAGUCUUUACAGAAAUUUUAUUAUGCACAAAGUAAGAAAAUGUCACAUUUAUGCUCACCCCUCCCCCUCCCAAAAAAUCUAUUUUAAAUUCACAGGGCACAGAAGAUUUUGUCAAUUUUAUUUGUAAAUAUUGUAUUUACAUGUACAUACAUUUGUUUCAUACCUUUUUUUUGCAUUAUUUGGAUGUAAAUAUUGGGCUCUCACUCAGCCCACUGAGGGUCUGACUCACUAAGCAAUCUGUAUUUUGUUGUACAUAUUUUUUUAUAACACCUCGAUCUAAUGCAGACCUGUAAUAGUCUUCACACACAGAAUGCAUAAGCGAACAAUGUGCAACUUUGCUGCAGGUAGAAAGACUUGGUGACUCAGGCCCCACUCAUAUGUUGUUGUAUUGCUGCAUAGUCUUCUGAACUGUGACAUUUGUUGUCUGCAGAACACCUUAAAUGCCUUACACAACAAGCAUCUUGCAGGCUUAAUGUUGAGGUUGUUUCUUGUUCUGUGUUGUAUAUGUGCAUUGUUUGUCUCUAGACAGUUCCACUGUGAUCCCCUUUACACCACUGAGUUUCUAGUCUAGCCAGCUGGAUAUAAUACACGUUUCCUUUUUGCCGUGAAUGUUGUCACAGUCUCAUCCAGUGAGAAAACUCUGUUUUGGGACUCAUCAUUACCCAUAAAACUUGAGCACUUGCUAGAGAGUUGACUGACCUAAUGAUGUUAUUUUUAUGGUGUAAUAUGCUUUCACAGUAACUAAUGUGACAAAAAAAAAUGGAGUAGGGAAAUUUUAAUUUAUAUAUGCAUUUGAAACUUUUGUUUCUUAGAACAGGGACUGUGGUACAUCAAAGCUUUUGCUAUAAUACAAAGACUGAAAGACUGAAAUACUCAUUUGUAUCUUUCAAUCAAGUCAUCUUCUGAAAAGGGGCAAAUCAGACUUGACAGUACUUUGUAAAGAGUAAUCUCUACCUAUAACUGCUCUUGCAAUAUUAAAACCAAAGCAGAUGGAUUUUUCAGAAAUGUUAAUCGAUAUUUUGAUAUCAAAGGCUGGUUUAACCCAAAUUCUUUAUGAGCAGAAACAUUUGGUAGAUUGUCUAGUAGAUAUGUGCCAUUUCAUGUGGUUUAAUGGACCUCUUCAGCUCAGCUAUGUUAUUGAUGUUCCGUCCAUGUUGAUCAUUGAAUACUGUGAAAAUUCAAGAUGGCCCCAAAGUGAAAUGAUACAGUAAAGUGCAACUCGGAUGAAUAAGUGAAAGUCAAAAUACUUUUUUAGCUUAAAUUCAUUAAGCUGCAAACUGUGACAACACCUGGCAGGGAAGUUUCAGGUUGUCACAACCCCGAUCAAAAUAUCACAAUCAUUAUUUCUCGCAGUAGCUGCUGAGGUGAGGACUGACAAGGCCAUUUUCAAGCAAGGUUUUCUGGUUGCCUUUACAGUUGCAUCUCUUUGUUGUGUGGGGGUUUCAAAAGUCAAGAGUUGGCCUGUACAGUAGGUGAAGCAGCUUUUUUUUUUUCUCUGUAUGUCAGUCAGUCAGUCUGCAUGUAAUUUUUGGUACAUGUUUUGUGAAUGUAUUUUUUACAAUUUCUCAGUUUGCUCUAUGUAUGUUUUGUUAUUUUUGAUGGGGUUUUUUUAUGUUUUGUGUGUUUGCAAAUAAAAGUAGAAA